AUGGCUAAUGACAAGGAAGUGGUAAAAGAAGUAGAAUGGAGAAUCAAUGUAGGAGAUAGUUCAUUGGAGAGAGCAAGGUUUGCUUGCAUGUGGGUAGUUAUAGAAGGGAUGGCUUUCAAGUUGUGUAAGUUUGUGAAGAAAGCAUGGGAAUUGGGACUGAAUGACCCAAGAAAAUUCAUCCAUUGCUUGAAGGUGGGGAUAGCACUUUCAGCUGUUUCUUUCUUCUACUACUUGAAGCCUUUGUAUGAUGGAGUUGGAGGAAAUGCUAUGUGGGCAAUCAUGACAGUGAUUGUAGUGUUUGAGUACACAGCUGGUGCUACGAUAAGUAGAACUAUAAACAGAUUAUGUGGAAAUUCCAUUGCCGGGUUUCUAGCUAUUGGGGUACACUGGAUAGCUACUAGAGCAGGAGGGGAAUUGGAACCCAUAAUUUCUGGAGUCUCACUCUUUCUGUUAGCUUCUGCAGCAACAUUCUUUAGAUUCAUCCCCACCAUGAAGGCUCGUUUUGAUUAUGGUGCUUUGGCAUUCAUCCUCACUUUCAGCAUGGUUUCAAUAUCCGGAUAUCGGGUUGAUGAAUUGUUGGUUAUGGCACAAUACAGGAUAUGCACAGUUAUAAUUGGCGGUUCAUUGUGCAUUAUCGUAAGCUUGAUCAUUCAACCUAUCUGGGCUGGUAUGGAGCUCUAUGUUUUAAUCACUGGGAACCUUGACAAAUUGGCCAACUCCUUACAAUGUUGUGUGGCUCAGUACUUCAGUUAUGAUGAAGCCCCAGAAGCAGGAAGUGAUGAGGAGUUUAACAAAAAGUUGCUAGGCUACAAGUGUGUGCUAAGUUCCAAAGCAACAGAAGAAGUUAUGGCUAAUUUAGCUAGAUGGGAGCCUCCCCAUGGCCGCUUCAAUUUCCGUCACCCAUGGAAGCAAUAUCUUAAAAUUGGGGCAUCCAUGCGUUGUUGUGCUUCCUGCAUAGAUGCUCUUAUUGGAUGCAUAAAUUCAAAAAACAAGGCCUCUGAUGACAUGAAGAAGAAUAUGAGCAGCAUAUCCAUAAAAGUGGGUGCCAGCACUGCGAGUAUCAUAAGAGAGCUAGCAAUUACAAUCAGGAAUAUGAAAAAAUCAUCUAAAGUUGAUACUCUGGUUGCGGAGAUGAAUAGUGCUGCCAAAGAGCUCCGGAACUUAAUAAAAUCUUAUCCAAACUUGGUUAACCAACAGUCACAUAAUGCUCAAGAUACACCAACCGAAGCAGCAUCACCUUGUGAAGUGGCUGCAAAAACCGAAGUCCCACUAAUGGAAAUUAUUCAAGUGGUGACUGUAGCUUCUUUGCUUAUUGAAAUUGUAGCCCGUGUGGAAGGCAUUGUGAAAGCUGUUGAAGAACUAUCAAAUUUAGCUAAAUUCCAACCGGCAAUGUGUGCCACAUCCAAAGAGCAAAAUGAUGAGGAAGCAAUGAAGACGCUCCAAAUGGUCUAA